AACCUAGUUAUAUGGUUGCUUUGUCUUUGGUGGAGUACGUAGUACUUGAAAAUCAAUCGGAUAUAAACAAAAAUUGACUAUGGGUGAAAUAAACAACGGUCCAGUGAGUGCCCUCUCUGGGAUGCCGAGUAUAAAAUGUACACUGGACACUCUAGAAAUACCAAAGUUGGUGUCUUUGUAUAGACCACUUGUUGAGAGAAGUGCGAGGGGAAUCGAGUUAAUUUCUCAUCUAAAGGAUGUCAUCGAUGACAGUGCUCGCCAAGAAAUCCGUCAAAUAAACAGAAAUCAGGGCGACAUUGCUUCUAUGGAAUGCCUUCUGAAUCAUCUGGAGUUGAGUGGGCAUCCAAAUAAAUGGGAGAAGUUUGUAGAUGCUUUGGAAAACAAUGAAUACCAUUAUGUAGCAAAGGCACUUAAGGGCGGGGAAGUACCGAGGGAUGUAUUUGUCAAAUACAGAAAACUCCUAAUGGAACACAAUGUAAAAUUCAUCCAAAAUAUUGACCCUUCUGAAAUCCUUCCAGAGUUAUCUAGAAGACAUUUGAUAAAUGACAUGGACAAAGAGAAUAUUCAGGCCGAACAAAUCACACAGGGUAGAAUAUGUGCUACAAAUGUUUUAUUGGAUCGAGUCUGGCGCCACCAUCAAAACUGGUACGAAGAAUUUCUGGAUGUUCUUUGCAAAGAUAAUUCGGAGCUCGUCGAAAGUAUGGAUGGCGACUACUAUAACAAAUGGAGGUUGCGAAAUAACCUAACCGUUCAAUCUCUAAUCGGCAGACCAGAAAAUUCUACAGACCAUGAUUCGACCAAUUUACUAAGUUCAUCUUCCAUUCAAGAAAACUAUUUGUCAGCAAGCGGUGGGCCACAAAACACGCUUGGGGAUGAGUCUACUCCGCCUCCAGAUGACAUAGAAUUAGGGGGUAGUCCUCUGUUUUGUGAUAAUUCUUUAUUUUCAAUGAAGCAAGACGACUCUGAUGACGAGCUUACACAUGAGAAAAAAGUAGCUCAAGCUGAAUACAGACAAAAUUCUAUGAAUUCUCUGAUUGAAAAGGAGGAACAGUCCAGUAAAUCUUUGGAGGACUUUAAGCUUUCAGUCGCCAUUGGUGGUCUCUCUAUAACAUCAGGUGACCAGAACAGUGAUUUCAGCAUUCAGCAACCUAACAGCCAUCAGGAUUAUAGCAGUAUUCAUUCUUCGACUGUGGCACGUCUACUGCAAAGCAUAGAUAACAGUGUCGAGGAGAAUAUCCAAAGAGAAGGUGGAUCUCAACCGAAUAUUGUCGGACCAGAAUGCCCAGCCAUUGAAACUCAGUCAGUUGACGAAAACAAUGAAAGUUCGGAUGAAGAUGAAAGUACAGUUGCUGCAAAGCCACUGAACUUGCGGAACUAUCAGAUGGAGUUAGCAAGAGCUGCUCUUCAAGACAAAAACUGCAUUAUUGUUGCUCCAACAGGAAGUGGAAAAACUCAUGUUGCGAUGAAAAUAAUACAGAAUCACCGAGAAAAACGCCGGCGUAUUAAUAUUCCAAAGGUCGCCUUUCUUGUUGAACAAAGCGCUCUAGCAGAACAACAAGGAAAAGUUUGCAAAGAGUUUUUGGCUUGCAAAAUUAAGGUCAUAACGGGAGAGAAACAGAGAACGGAGAGUCUUCAGAACUUAUCAUGCUGGGUUCAGAAAAAGGAUAUUCUCGUCAUAACAGCCCAGAUCCUAGUCAACGCUCUGGCUGUCGGUGAUGUACAAAUUGAAGACUUUACCCUGAUUGUCUUUGAUGAAUGUCAUCAUUCACAUGCUAAACAUCCUUAUAAUCAAAUAAUGGCACACUAUUUAGACCUAAAACUAGAAGACAGGCACAGACAGCUUCCUCAGAUUGUUGGUCUGACAGCAUCCGUUGGGGUGGGUAAGGCAAAGAACAUAGAGAAAGCAGUGGAAUGGAUCUUUAGCAUGAUGGCAAACAUGGACGCUGAAGAAUUAUGUGUUGUUGAAAACUACAAGGCAGAGCUAGCACAGCAUGUUAAUAUUCCAGAUCAAGAUGUAGUAAAAACUCCAGGACGAAAGAAAAAUGAAUUUGGAAAAACCAUUGAUGGCAUCAUGAAAGUUAUUCACAAAUGGAUGAUUAAUUCUAACCAGGCAAAAGAGGUAACAGACCAGAGUGUUCUGAAGCCACCGGUCGAGAGCGGUAACGACCAGUAUACACAAUGGCUCAGUAGGCUUUGGAAAGAGGAAGCAAAGAUAGUUAACGAGAAAGCCAGGCGGUUUAUUCAUACCUGCCGAGUUUAUCUUGAUAUGUACAACAAAUCGUUGAUCAUAUACAACGAUGCACGGGCCUCAGAUUCUCUUGCUUUCAUUAGAGAGGAACUCAAGCGAUGGGGAGAGCAUCAAAAACCAGACGAAGUAGACAACAAACUGAAAUCUUUUUUUGAAAAAAGCCAAAAGAUCUUGCAGAAUUGUGCAGAUGACCCAGACCAUAACAACCCAAAACUGCAGGAACUACGAAAACUAAUUUUGAAAGCAUUUCGUGUAGACGCAGAUAGCCGCGGAAUAAUUUUUGUAAGAACUCGAGAUCUAGUGAAGGCUAUUUACCGCUGGAUGGAGGAAACAGAUGAUUUGAGAUCACUCAAACCGGUCAUGUUUACUGGUGCUCAGGCCAAAAGCAGUGCAGGAGGAAUGACAAAAGUACAGCAAAUUGAUGCACUAACGUUGUUCAAAGAAGGACGACAUAAGAUUGUGAUAGCCACAUCAGUUGCAGAGGAAGGAUUGGACAUCCAGAAAUGCAAUCUUGUGAUCCGGUAUUCUUAUGUCAGCAAUGAGAUAGCUAUGGUCCAAGCAAGGGGAAGGGGAAGGCGUGAAAAUGGAAAGUACUUUGUUGUCGCCACGCAAGGAGACAAAACAGCAGAAAGAGAAGAAUUAAACAUGAUCAGAGAGGCAAUGAUGAAUCGUGCCAUUGAUAUGCUGAGGCAGAGAUUCAGAACUGAUCCUAGAGGCUGCCUAAAAACUAUACUGGAUAUACAAAAGAAAGCCAAAACAGAGCGUGACCUUGCAGCUAGAAACAAAGAAGGGGUAGUCGUACGACAGGGACAGUACGUAUUACGUUGUCAAAAAUGCAGCCAGUAUGUAUGCAUGUCAAAUGAGGUCAGAAAAAUUCAAAACGCCCAUCACGCUUGUAUUUGUGACGACAUCAAAGAGCGAGUUUUAGGUCAGCGUCUUCCACGUCCACAGUUCCAGGACGAAGAUUUGAAAUGCGCCGUCGGCAAACUUCUCUGUCGCUCCUGUGGAUCUGACCUUGGAAAUGUUUCUAUUUAUAAAAAUGCACAGUUCCCUAUCCUAAAGAUUGAGAGUCUCUUAAUGGAGGACAGCAUGGGGAGACGAGACGUUAAAAAAAAGUGGAAGAGUGUACCGUUUGCAGUUCAGGAAAUAACGGCAGACGACAUAAUGCAAAGAUCACGUGGAGACAAACUGCUUGAUAUGAUGUAAAUUGACUCUUUGUGUUGAUGCAAACGGUACAUGUAUAUUUAAGGAAAUGACAAUACAGAGUUUUGAAUGCAUACCUAGGUUCUACUUUCCAAACCUAGCUAUGAUCAAGAAAAACUUUUGUUAGGUAAUAUACCCUCUGUCAAUGUGAUAUAAACAAAUUAUUCUUUUGAAAAAGAAUUAAAUACCGGUAGUGUUUGUGAUAUAAUGUGCUCAUAUGUAAUCGACCAGUAAUAAUGCAACAUUUUUGCAUGUGUUAUGAUUACUACUGUCU